AUGCCAGUUACUAUCAGAAGGGCGACUAUAGAUGACAUAAUCUGUAUGCAAAAUGCCAAUUUGCACAAUUUACCUGAAAAUUAUAUGAUGAAGUAUUAUAUGUAUCACAUUUUAUCAUGGCCUGAAGCAUCGUUCGUUGCUACUACCACAGAUUGUGACAUGGAAGAUGAAGCUGGUUCUUUGACUUUGGAAAAUCAGAGUGGCAGUAGUAUCAAACUUGAUCCAACAUAUGUGAACCCGGGAGAAAGAUUAGUAGGGUACGUUUUGGCUAAAAUGAACGAUGAUCCAGAUCAAGCAAGCGAACCACCAAAUGGCCACAUCACCUCACUUAGUGUGAUGAGAACAUAUAGAAGGAUGGGUAUUGCAGAAAAGUUGAUGAGGCAAGCUCUUUUUGCUUUAAGAGAGGUUUACAACGCUGAAUAUGUUUCGUUACAUGUUAGACAAAGUAAUAGAGCUGCUUUACACCUGUACAGGGACGCUUUAGAAUUUGGAGUCUUGAAAAUCGAAAGCAGCUAUUAUCAAGAUGGAGAAGAUGCCUAUGCUAUGAAGAAAAUUUUAGAUUUAGAUGAAUUGAAAAUAAGCAAUUUCGUUCAUGGUAAGAAAGUACAGAAUGGACCCAAAGACGAUUUGGAAAGUGAUCUUUUAGAAGGUUUGAUUAACGAAGGUUUGACUAAUAUCACAGUUUGA